AUGGCUACAAUGAACGCAAACGUGAGAUCCGUUGGCGUCAAAGACGUGGAUCAGUCGGAGUUCGUCGUAGCGUUGGCCGCUUUCCUCAAGAAGUCGGGCAAACUGAAAGUCCCCGAAUGGGUAGAUCUGGUGAAGACCGGUGUCUUCAAAGAGUUGGCGCCGUAUGACGAGGACUGGUUUUACAUCAGAUCCGCGUCUAUCGCACGACAUCUAUACCUGAGAGCGCCCGUCGGUGUCGGCUCUUUGACCAAAAUAUACGGCGGAAGGCAUCGAAAGGGUGUCCGUCCGUCCCAUUAUUGCCGGAGCGGCACGAAUAUCGCCCGCAAAGCUCUCCAGGCGUUAGAAGGUAUUUGUUUGAUAGCGAAUGAC